CUGUUUUGCGACUCCGUCCACAUCACGCGUGUUUUAUUCGUUUGUUGACAUUCAGCGAAAAAGGCGUUUCCCGAAGGUUCAAACAGCUUGGCUUUCUUUGAACGAUCAGACUCCUGUUUUUGUCGUGUUUGAAGAUAAUGCAUGGCUAUAGGUGAGGCAUGAGGGCGCUUUGGAGGAACUGUGUGUUGGAUGUGGGCUUGUGGGUCACACUUUGCUUCCUUUACGUGUGCGUGGAAGGAAAUGGGUUGGAGGUUAAGGCUAAACCCAAGAUGCAUCAGGUCUGCUAUUAUGCUAUCCCUAGAACAGGGAGUGGUGAUAUUACCGUGAAAGACUUAUCUGUGGAUGACAUUGAUCCCUUUAUUUGUACUCAUAUUAUUGUGGCCUUUGCUAGAAUCAGAAACAAUGUAAUUGUUCCAUCUAACGAUGGGGAUAUUGAGGUAUACAAGGAAGUAAUUGCCUUGAAGAAGCAGAAUCCAGAGCUAAAGGUUCUUUUGUCUGUGGGCGGGGGCUCAACAGACGGAGGAUUCCCAAGCCUUGUUCGUGAUCCCCAAGCAGUUAUUGAGUUUGCCUCACAUUCUCGAAAAUUCAUCACAACAUUUGGCUUUGAUGGCUUAGACCUUGACUGGGAAUUUCCUGCAUGGCCUGCUUUGCUGAGAAACAGGCAGGAGAAGAGAUGGUUCACAAGACUUGUUCAGCAUCUCUACCAUGAAUUUAAGUCACCAUUACACAAACCGCUCUUGCUCACAAUUGCUGUAGCAGCUCCAAAGGCAAUCAUAGACAGGUCAUAUGAAAUCUCUGAGUUAUCCAGGAAUGUUGAUUUUGUGUCAAUGAUGGGUUAUGAUUACCACAUCUUCUGGCCAUAUCUGCCAUUUACAGGCUAUAAUGCCCCGCUCUUUAAAAGUAAAAAUGACAAAUAUUACUUUGCAACUAUGAAUAUCCAGUGGUCUGCAGAUUAUUGGGUGAAGAAAGGCAUGCCAAAGGAGAAACUAGUCAUUGGAAUUCCUACUUAUGGCCGCACAUGGAAAUUGCUGAAUGCAGCAUGGAACAAAACUGGAUCACCAGCAGUUGGAAAGGGCAUGCUGUCUGGCAUUGUGUCAUACCCUGAAGCUUGCAUAUUCUACAAGGAAGGAGCAGAAAGACAUUUUGAUGAAUCAUGCAAGGUCCCUUAUGCAGUGAGGGAAAGGGAUUGGGUUUCUUAUGAAGAUCCUCAGAGCAUCAGGGAAAAGGUAAAGUGGGCAAAAGACAGCCAUUUUGCCGGAGUGAUGACGUGGAACCUGAACUGUGAUGACUGGGCUGGCAUUUGUUCAGGAGAGAGAUUUGAGCUUCAUAGUGUGAUCAAGAAAAUUAUAUCUAGUGAUGAAUUAGGGUUGAAUUACUCAUGAUAAGGUAGAUCAUUAUACUUGCUUUAGUAAAAGGAAUUUGCAUGUAAAGCAGCUGAUGACUCUAAUGAAUUUGAUAUUGUCAGGGUUUGCAUAUAUGAUUGUGAUGUUAUAAUCUUAUUAAGGUACAUGUUCCAGUUACUGGUAAUGAGAAUUAAUGGCACAAAAAGCACAAAAUUUUGAUAUGAUCAUAUUUGAUAAUAUUUAGGUGUGUGUAGCAGUAGUUAUGAAAACUUUUAAUAUAAUUGUCACAAUGAUAAUAAAAGAAAUUUGUUUGUUGCACAUCUGUUAUUUUUUAAAGAGUUUAUAUAUAUACAAAUACUUAUAUAUAUAAAUAUAUAUAUAUAUAUAUAUAUAUAUAUAUAGCCAUAUCUUUUUCAUAUCUUAUUCUAUGCCAAAGACUUACAAGCCAUGCAUCUUUUUUCAUUUAAUGUUGUUGAAUUUAUAUUUUUGUAGUACAGCAUUUCAAUGAAUAUUGAUUAAUGCAUAUGGAGUAUUUAAUUCCACCCAAUAACCUAAGUAUUUAUAAUAAAAGUAUUUUAAAAAUAUUAUUAUCUUAAAAAAUAGACACACAAACGAAGACUGAAAAGUAUCUGUCUUUUGCUUAUAAAAUAAAAACUCUACUGGUUACUUUGAGGAAGCUUUCAUCCUCUAGCCGUAUACACACCAAGCCUAUUGUUUUUUUUUUUGCUGGUGAAAAAAGUAGCCAAAAUCCUUUUUGUGGGAUUGUUGUUGCUUUAUUUGAAUCUGUUCUGGGCUAAGGUGUUAUUGAGAUUAAAGUGGGAGUUUGUUAUAGUCUACAUCUCUUGAUAGCACUUCAUAUGAACCAGCUGAUGUUUGGAGGGUAUGUUCGUACAUGCUCAAACCACAGUGAUUUACAUAAAUGGCUCUAGAACAGCUUAGUCACCAUGGAAACAAACAAAUGGUGACAAAGCUCUUGUAGAGCCAUCUCUUUAAACAAAAUACAUACAAAGAAAACAGUAGACAGUGCACACUACCAAGUUGUUAAUAAUUUUACCCUUUGAAUUGUUUUUGAAGAGCCAGGGAAACACAAUGAAGUAAGUAAUAAGAAGACUUUUCAUGGUUCCAGCAGUGGGAAGACUGAUUGCCUACUUAUGCAGAGAGCCAGAGUGUCUAUUUUAAGGGGGAUAAAAGGUUCCUGCAUGCUUUCUAAUCAGUCCCUUGUAUCUGAGAAUAUGAAGAACAUUGUUUGGAAAAUGAUGAUUUAGUCUGUUUAUAGUAAAAGGUUGAAAAAAAAAAAAAAAAAAAAAAAA